AUUUAUUUUAUCUGAAGAACAAAGCAAAGUGCUAAAGAGAGAGAGAGAGAAAACGAAAAUUAAACCCGAAGAAUCUAUUAUUCUACAUUUUCGCCGCUAAGAUUCUGUUUCUGAACAUUUACACCCUCACGCCAUGUGUGGAGGAGCAAUAAUCUCCGACUUCAUCCCGCCGCCGAGGUCUCGCCGCGUCACCAGCGAGUUUCUCUGGCCGGAUCUGAAGAAGAGCGCGAAGAAACGCUCGAGUUUCUUCGAUCUUGACGAUGAGUUCGAGGCUGACUUCCAGGGCUUCAAGGAUGAUUCCUCUAUCGAUUGCGAUGAUGCGAAGCCGUUCGUUUUCGCCGGGGCUCGUAAGCCCGCCGUAUCCGCCGCCACUGCCGAUUCAGUGUUUGGCAAGAAAGUUGUUGAUGGAGAAGGUGAGAGGUCUGCAAAGAGGAAGAGGAAGAGCCAGUACCGAGGGAUAAGGCAACGUCCUUGGGGCAAAUGGGCUGCUGAGAUUCGUGAUCCAAGGGAAGGUUCAAGAGUUUGGCUUGGAACUUUCAAAACCGCCGAGGAAGCUGCAAGAGCUUACGACGCUGCAGCUCGUAGAAUCCGUGGUUCCAAAGCUAAGGUGAAUUUCCCUGAGGAGAAGGAGAACCCACCUGCCAAGAAGGUGGCUCCAAACCCAAGUCCAGUUUUGGCUCAGAACUUGGACAACUCCUUUGACAACAUGUGUUUCAUGGAGGAGAAGCACCAAGUUAACAACAACAACAAUCAGUUUGGUGGUAAUGGAUAUCAUCAGUAUUUCAGCUCAGACCAGGGUAGUAACUCAUUCGGUUGUUCUGAGUUUGGUUGGAACGAUCAAGCUCCUAUAACUCCUGAGAUCUCCUCUGCUUUUAUCAACAACAACUCUGUCACAUUCGCCGAGGAAGCUGAUCCAGCUAAGCAGCUCAAGGUCAUGGAUUUUGAGACAACUUACAACAGCACUGAAUGGGAUUCUUCACUUGAUUUCUUCAGUGGAGACGCUGUGGCGACUCAGGACAAUGGUGCAAAUCCUAUGGAGCUAUGGAGCAUUGAUGAGAUCAAUUCCAUGAUUGGAGGAGUCUUCUAAAGAGAUCCAUUGUCAUUUAAAGAGUUUUAAAAACAUUUUGAACUCUUUCUUGUUGUCUUUUGUGUUUUGGUUUUGUUACUUUGUGCCCCUAAACAUCUUCUUUAACAUUGUCAUAAGUUAAUAUGUUGAACCAUUGUUCUCUUUUGUGAUAUGGAAUGCUACUAAGGAACCGGUACGAAUCGAACCGGUUAGAAAGCGGUGC